GGGUCCCAGAAGCGCGGCCCCGUCCGUGCGGGCCCCAGACUCCUCUCCGGAGGCUGGGCGGGGGUCCCGGCGGCGACGGCAGCGGCCCUGGAGGCAGCGGGCGCCGCGCUUACGGCCCGAGCGCGGCGCGUGACGGGAGCGCGGGGCGGGGCGAGAGCGGAAGGCGCCGCCAAGGCCGCCGGUCGACCCAGACUGGGGCCCCCUGCUCCGAGCCCAGGCCUGUGUGCACGUCACCCCACCCGGCCAUGGCCCUGGUCAGCAUCAACGAGCUCCCGGAGAACAUCCUGCUGGAGGUGUUCACACACGUGCCCGCCCGCCAGCUGCUGCUGCACUGCCGCCCUGUCUGCAGCCUCUGGCGUGACCUCAUUGACGUUGUCACCCUCUGGAAGCGCAAGAGCCUGCUGGCAGGCUUCAUCACCGAGGACUGGGACCAGCCUGUGGCCGACUGGAAGAUCUUCUUCUUUCUUUGCAGCCUUCGCAGGAAUCUCCUCCGUAACCCAUGUGCUGAAGAGGAUAUGACAUCCUGGCAAAUUGACUCCAAUGGGGGGGACCACUGGAAGGUAGAGAGCCUCCCUGGAGAGCAUGGAACAGAUUUUCCUGACUCCAGAGUCAAAAAGUACUUUGUUACAUCCUAUGGCAUGUGCCUCAAGUCCCAGCUGGUGGACCUCAAAGCUGAGGGCUACUGGGAGGAGCUCCUGGACACAUUCCGGCCCGACAUCAUGGUUCAGGACUGGUUCGCCGCCAGAGCAGACUGUGGCUGCACCUACCGCAUCCGAGUACAGCUGGUCUCGGCAGACUACAUUGUCUUGGCCUCCUUCGAGCCCCCGCCUGUGACCGUCCUUCAGUGGAAUGAUGCCAGGUGGACAGAGGUCUCCCACACCUUUUCAGAUUAUCCUCCUGGUGUGCGCCACAUCCUCUUCCAGCACGGAGGCAAAGACACCCAGUUCUGGGCAGGCUGGUAUGGGCCCCGCGUCACCAACAGCAGCAUCAUUGUCAGCCACAUGAUGACCAGGAGCCCGGCCCCUUCCACUGCCCAGCCUGAGGCCAAGCAGCGGCAGGACGAGGCUGCCCACCUGCCUUCCCCACUUCAUCCUCGCAGGCCCUCCUGACCGUGUGUCCCCCAACAGCCAGUCAUCCAGCCUCUGGCCCAGCCGGUCCCCUCCAGGCAAUAGCUGAGCCUAUAGCGGACAACAAGGUCCCCUGCCCUGGGAGCUCCCGCCCCUGUUCCAACCUCCGGCAAACCCACCAGUUUGUGGCAACUUACUGUCAUGUACCUCCAACAUUUUGUGGUAAUAAAUGUUUUCAGUAAAACCCA